AGUCACCCCUCACACCCUCCCUCUCUCAUUUAGAAAAUACCAAGAGAGGUGUGCGCCAAUGUCAUUCUAUCCAAGGUAGACCCGGACUCGCCACGAACUUCAAAGCGAGGAGACUCAGAGUUAAAACUUUUGAACUGUUGCAACCUUGUCGCUUUUCACUUGUGUUUCAAUUUUAGCCUUGGAUUUGACUUUACCGGUCAACAUUUAAUACAAGUGCCAGGCUUAUUGUCCAUAUUCCAAGUGAGGGUUUUCACGUCGUGUCCAGUUGGGAGUGUGCGUGGGGGAGCGGGACAACUGUCACGGACUGUAAUUGGUGUCUCACGCGGUCAAAGCCAUGCCGCCUGGGUUUCAGCAACUUGGAGUGGAGACAGUGACUGGAACCCUUGCUCUCUCAGUGUUCACUGCUGUAUUGGGCUCCUUUCAGUUUGGAUACAAUAUCGGCGUCAUCAAUGCACCUCAGAAGAUCAUUGAGGCGGACUACAAUGCUACAUGGGUGCACCGGUAUGGAGAGCCCAUUCCCACCGCUACACUCACCACUCUGUGGUCCCUGUCGGUGGCCAUCUUCUCUAUAGGAGGCAUGAUCUCUUCCUUCUGUGUGGGCGUCAUCUCAGAAUGGCUGGGCAGGAGGAAAGCCAUGCUCAUAAACAACUUGUUUGCCUUCAUCGGAGGAGGUUUGAUGGGCAUGGCCAAAAUCAGCCGGUCCUUCGAGAUGAUGAUCCUGGGACGCUUCGUCAUCGGUGCAUACUGUGGGUUGGCAUCAGGGCUAGUGCCCAUGUAUGUGGGCGAGAUAGCGCCUACAAGUCUGCGAGGUGCUUUGGGCACGCUCCACCAGUUGGCGAUCGUCACAGGGAUUCUCAUAGCACAGGUCCUAGGUCUGGAGUCUUUGCUGGGCAGUGAGGAGUUGUGGCCAGUGCUGGUGGGUGUGACCGUUCUGCCCACUGUCCUGCAGAUGGUGCUGCUGCCCUUCUGCCCCGAGAGCCCCCGCUUUCUCUACAUCAUCCGCUGCCAGGAGCACCACGCCAAGAGCGGCUUGAGGAGGCUGACCGGGAGGCAGGAGGUGGGGGAUAUGCUGGCGGAGAUGAAGGAGGAGAAGAGGAGGAUGGACAUGGAGAGGAAGGUGUCCAUCGCAGAGCUCUUCCGCUCCCCCAUGUACCGGCAGCCCAUCAUCAUCGCCAUCCUGCUGCAGCUCUCACAACAGCUCUCUGGAGUCAACGCUAUCUUCUACUACUCCACCAGUAUUUUCCAGAAGGCAGGGGUCCAGAGCCCCGUCUACGCCACUAUAGGAGCCGGCGUGGUCAACUGUGCCUUCACCGUGGUCUCGCUCUUCCUGGUGGAGAGGACGGGCCGCAGAACGCUACACAUGCUGGGGCUGUCCGGAAUGUGCGGCUGUGCUAUUGUCAUGACGAUAGCUCUUGCCUUAUUGGACAGUGUUCCCUGGAUGAGCUACAUCAGCAUGCUGGCAAUCUUUGGCUUCGUGGCCUUCUUUGAGGUGGGGCCUGGCCCCAUCCCCUGGUUCUUUGUGGCUGAGCUCUUCUCCCAAGGCCCCAGGCCCGCUGCGAUGGCCGUGGCCGGAUUCUCCAACUGGACGGCCAACUUCAUUAUUGGCUUUGGCUUCCAGUAUCUCGCUGAGCUUUGUGGGCCUUAUGUCUUCCUCAUCUUUGCAGUGCUCCUUGUCUUCUUCCUCAUCUUCACCUUCUUCCGGGUGCCGGAGACACGGGGCAAGACGUUCGACCAGAUCUCCGCCUCCUUCAGCCAGCACCCACCCGCCAUGAUGGACCUGGACAUGGAGCUGGGCAAGCAGAGUACAGAGCUGGACUACCUGGGGGGGGAGGGAAGCCUUGACUAAUGGGGUCCCAUGGGGGAACUGGGGAGGGCAGGCUGAGGAGGCCAGACAGACUCUUGGUUAGGCAGGGAAACUCAGAGGGCUACAACUGGGUACUAAGGGGUGGGCUUGGGCCUAAUUCAAACAUACUUUGAGUUGUGUCUAGGCAUAUCGAGCAAGGUUGGCGUAUGGGUCAAGGUUUAGGGAGGUGGGAUGGAUUUGGAACUGGGCCCGUAGUUGGGAAAUGGAGCUUGAGGGAGAUAUGUUGACAGGAACGGGUUGCUCGAGGAAAAGGCUGUGCAACAUUAAAGCAUUGCACCAACUUAACAUACCCCAGAAAGGGUGGCGGGUGAGUGAUUUUAUUACCAGGGCAACCCAUAAUGGGUAAUAGAGGGGAUGAUCAGGAACAAGAAUAAGGUUCCUGAACUUUGAGGCAUUACCCCCGCCCGGGUGUACAUAUGCUGAUGGGGGAUGGAGAUUUGAUUGAGACUGCGCACAGAUGUUCUAUGGAGAGAGGGGCUUGGAGGUAUUCCUGCACUUUAUAUACAAAAAUGUCAGCAGUUUUCAGAUUGAUAGCUGGUUACAAUAACAGCUAGUGUGGAAACCCAUGUACAUUUUUAGUGAGCAAAGCUAUGGUGUGUGGCAUUGAGUGAUUUAUUUCCGAGUUACUGUAAAGUUGUCUCAGUGGGCUAACCAGUCUACCGCUAGCAACCCACUUCCCCUUUGGAAGUGUCCCUAAACUUGAUUUCACAAGAUGGACAGCUUUAACAUGACUCAUUGCACAGCCUACAGAGAAGUUACUUUUAACGAGAGCAAAUCAUGUAUUUAGUACUUAAAUGUAUAUAGCGUGCUGGUUUGAGUGAAAAAAACAAAAUGGUACAAGGGUCUUCAAAUACUCAAACUUUACCCACUCCAAUAUGAGUUUGUCUUUGGUUUCUAUGGGGUUGUGCACAAUAGUUGAUUUGGUUGGUUUUGACUGCUACUGCAUCAGCAAUCUGUCCCUGAACUACAACACAUGUGCUGUCUUCUGUACUGGUUGUGAUUGUACAGUUGUCUUUGAAGAUUUGUAUUGAACAAAGAGAAUCUGUAAUUUAUAUGAAGUGUGAAUAUUGAUAAAGUAUCCUGUAUGGUUUGUAUGACAAUUGUUCCCAUUUCAAACAUGAGCAUGUUGAUGCCCCAACAUUUCAGUGAGUCUCUAGUUACUACCAUCCCGAGAAAAGGGUCAUAUUGAAUACAAAUAUACUGCAAUUUAAUGUUACAGCUUUUAUCAAGUGUCUGAUGCUCUGUUUUCAGAUUCUACUGGAGUUGGAAUUUAAGAAAUGCAAUUACUUGCUCUGGUUUUAUCCCACUAAAAUGAGAGUCAAGGCAGACAUAUUUUACAUUUCCUGGACUGUGUAUUGUGGACAUUAAAGACAUGACUGCA